ACGCAAAAUAAUUUUGUUGGUAGUGUUUAUAGAAUCCACAGUGUAUGAAGUAGCAGACGAAAUUUGCUCGUAGACAAUAUUUUGUCGUCGACCUUUGUGGUUACACACUCACCGGCUACUUGUUUUAGAUUUGUUUUGUUUUUCUAUUUAAUGUCAUCAUACGCGUCGGUGGACCGUACAUAAAGUAUUCGAGUAUCGUGAUCGUUUUAUCGCAUCAGUUAUAACGAUUUAAAUUGAUUGACAUAGCGGGAUAUACGUAGGCACGCGUAAUUUUGAAGGUUAGAUUGUGCCGUGAAAACGCUCGUUUGAUAAAGAAUCGUAAAGGAUGGCUGCUCAGUUCUUCAAUAGGAUCGGACAGCUGGGCCUGGGUGUUGCCCUUGUUGGAGGUGUUGUCAAUUCGGCACUUUACAACGUUGAUGGAGGUCACAGAGCUGUCAUUUUUGACAGAUUUGCUGGUGUGAAAAAUACCGUGGUUGGAGAAGGAACACACUUUUUCAUUCCCUGGAUUCAAAAGCCAAUUAUCUUUGACAUCAGAUCCAGACCCCGAAAUGUACCUGUAGUAACUAGUAGUAAGGAUUUGCAGAAUGUUAACAUCACGCUGCGUAUUUUGUUCAGACCAGUGCCUGAGUCCUUACCAAGAAUCUACACUGUCCUUGGUCUUGAUUAUGAUGAUCGAGUGUUGCCUUCCAUUACUACUGAGGUGCUGAAAGCUGUAGUUGCUCACUUUGAUGCUGGUGAACUGAUUACUCAGAGAGAGGUUGUUUCACAAAAAGUUGAAGAAGACUUAAUGGAAAGAGCUAAGCAGUUUGGAGUUAUUUUGGAUGAUAUUUCCAUUACACACUUGACGUUUGGUAAAGAGUUUACUCAAGCUGUUGAGUUGAAACAAGUAGCCCAGCAAGACGCCGAAAAGGCUCGAUUCCUUGUAGAGAAAGCUGAACAACAGAAAAAGGCUGCUGUCAUAAGUGCAGAGGGUGAUGCUCAGGCUGCCGAGCUGCUUGCAAAAUCUUUGGGAGAUGCUGGUGAUGGUCUGGUCGAACUUAGGAGAAUCGAAGCUGCAGAGGACAUUGCCUAUCAAUUGUCAAGAUCUCGCCAAGUCACCUAUUUGCCUCCUGGUCAAGGAACUUUGCUCAAUUUGCCGCAGUAGAGAGUAAUGUAAAACGAGGUGAUAAUGUGUGCAUACUGUGUACAUUUUAUAAUAUUUUUAUCUGGGUCUCUGACCAACGCAGAAAGAAUGCAAAUGCAGUUUCUCCCAUGGAACACUGUAAACUAGAUAACCACUGGAAGCCUGUAAGCAUUUGUUGACUUAAACAGUAUGUACUGAUAAAUGUAAAAAUGUGUUAUACUUUUGCUACACCAAGAUAGUGAUUUAAUAAUAAUUUGUUCUUCUAUA